CAUUUCGAUCAUUUUCACUAUUUUUACACAAAAUUAAUAAGUAUGGUUUACCAAACAAUUCGCAAACUCGAUAAAACAUUAAAUGGUUACAAAUAACUAAACUCAUUCAAAACAUUCUUUAUUUAGCAACAAAUCCACACUAUCUAUUAGUGUAAAUGUUCAAUGAAAAAAAAAGAAGUAAAACAAUUAUCCAAUAAAAAAUGGUUAUAUCCAAAAAAACAAUUAUGCAAUCAUUCGCUCUUAUAAUUAUUAUAUCUAUCGUCAUGAGCACAACAGAAGCAAAAACCAUAGGCAAUCCAGCUAUGCGAGAAGAUGAACCUAAAGGUUGUGCCCCUGGGUCCCCAUCAGGUUGCAAAAUGCAACCGGCUAAUCCAUAUAAACCAGGUUGCGAAGCUAGUCAAAGAUGCCGUGGUGGUUGA